AUUCAGUAGCAACGUUAAACUUUGCCUCUGCUCUGUGGUUUCUGGAAGGGGCGAGCAUGAUACUAUGCCUAGGCGAUUACACGAUUGAAGAUAAAGGUACCAUAGGAUGAAAUGGCUGUACUAUUAUACACUGGUGCGGUGUCGCUGGUGAUGAUGAUGAUCCUUGACAAAGUACGCAGCCAACCGCAAAUAUUCUCUCAGCCUGGGGCAACGGCCAGCCUGGCCUUGAAUCAAUACACAGCAAUAAUAUGUGAUACAGCCUAUCUGCCGCAUGAUGCCACAUCAUCAGAUGAAUACUUGCCCGGGGGAUCAACGAGGCUGCACGACUCGACACCCCAAGGUACGGAAACCCGCGCUACGAUAACGCUUGCAGGGCCACUCAGCUACAGGAAUUUACGACGGUAGCAAAGACGCCCAUCGUCUUAAAUUUACGCUAUUUUGAUUACGCCAUGGACUUAUGUGAGUUUGGAAACCCUUUGUACACGAGUCAGUAACGAAUUC